CUUUUAUAUAGUGCAGGAAAAAAAAUACGAAAGAGAAGCGUGCAGUGAGACGACGGGGAGGAGAAAGCAGGGAUUUGAAUAUUUAGCGACGAUUUUGCUAGGGUCGAGCCCAUAUUAUUAUUGUGCUACAGUGUUUCUAAAUCGCCAUUGCCAAACUCAAAAGCUUUUGGAAACGACAAAUUAAAAAUAAAAUCUAAUUAAGUAGAAAGAAAACAGGUAUGGCGGAAUCGAUGGUUGAUGCAAAGGAUGAAGUGGGAGGAGGAGAAGAAAAAGCGGAGAAAUCGGUUAUGAGCAGGAAGGAGAAGAGAAAGGAGAGAAAGAAGAUGAGGAGAAAACUAAUAAGGAAAGAAAUAUCGGAGAAGGAGAGGGAAGAUGAAGAAGCGAAACUCAACGAUCCGGAGGAGCAAAAGAGGAUUAAAGAGAUGGAGGAAGAGGAGAGGAUAAAGAUGGAGAGGGACAGGGAAGAGUUUGAGAACAGAGAACAGAAGUUUCUGGAAGAGAUUGAGAAGAAAUGGAAGCUUCUGGAAGAGGAAGAAGAGGAGGAGAAGGAGGUUGAAAAGGAGAAUGAAUGUAAUGACGAGGAUGAGUGGGAAUAUGUAGAAGAAGGUCCUGCAGAAAUAAUCUGGCAAGGAAAUGAGAUAAUUUUUAAGAAGAAAAAGGUUAAGGUUCCAAAGAAGAAGAGUGAAGAUCAGCAAACUAGACAUGAGGAUGAUCGACCUACAUCAAAUCCUCUUCCUCCGCAAUCUGAAGCUUUUUCUGACUACAAAAAUUCAUCAGUGGCAUCAGCAGAACGGUUGCUUGAAAGUGUUGCUCAACAAGUGCCUAAUUUUGGGACUGAACAGGAUAAAGCUCAUUGUCCUUUUCACUUAAAAACUGGAGCUUGUCGGUUUGGCCAGCGCUGCAGCAGGGUUCAUUUUUAUCCUGAUAAAGCGUGUACAUUACUGAUGAAGAACAUGUAUAAUGGCCCUGGCCUUGCUUGCGAACAGGAUGAGGGGCUUGAGCAUACAGAUGAAGAGGUUGAGCACUGUUAUGAAGAAUUUUAUGAGGAUGUGCAUACAGAGUUCUUGAAGUAUGGGGAAAUUGUGAACUUCAAGGUUUGUAAAAAUAGUUCAUUCCACUUGCGGGGGAAUGUUUACGUGCAUUAUAAGUCAUUGGAUUCAGCUGUACUGGCGUAUCAGUCCAUCAAUGCUCGUUACUUUGCUGGCAAACAGAUAAGCUGUGAAUUUGUUAACCUGACAAGAUGGAAGGUUGCCAUAUGUGGGGAGUAUAUGAAGUCGAGACUCAAGAUAUGUUCUCGUGGAACAUCUUGCAAUUUUAUCCACUGUUUCCGUAAUCCAGGUGGGGAGUAUGAAUGGGCUGACUGGGAUAAGCCACCACCUAGAUAUUGGUUAAAAAAGAUGACCGCUUUGUUUGGUUACUCUGAUGAAUCUCCACUUGAGAAACAGAUGGAGCAGAAAAAAUUAGAUUACCCGAGGAUGUCGAGCAAGACAACCCCAGCAGAUCGAGACAGGCAUCGUUCGAGAUCCCGAUCCCGGGACACAAAUCACUUGGUCCCUUGGUCUGGUAAAAGCAGUGACAACGAAGAUGAUGAUCAAGAAGGCACCCACCGGCAUUGGCGCUCUGAUGGUGAUAGAAAGCGGAUUCGGAUCCAUUGUGAGAAGUCAUACGAGAAAGAGUACCAUCACAUUGAGCGCAGAAGCCGAGAUUCAAGAUCUGAAGGAGGCUGGUCUGAUAGAGAUAAUGAGGUAGACAAAGAAAGAACCAGGCAUCGUGAUCAUGUGGGAAAGAGGUCACAAUACCAUGAUGAAGUGACAGAACACUCCCCUCGUUGGUCUUGUCAGAAAAGCAAGGAUAGGAACCGUGAAGUGGAUUCCGGUGAAAAGUAUGCUCAUGCUGAAGGCUCGAGACAUGGGAUAAAAAGGGCACACGCUGAUGAUAGUGGAGACAGGAAGAAUGAAACUAAUGAAAUGGAUGUUUAUCAAUCGGAUAGCGAGAAACACCAGAGUGGAAUGGCAGUCAGCUCAAGACACAAGAGCAAAGACCGAGAUGGACAUAAUCGUACCAAAAGGAAAAGCUCGAGACACUAUAGCAGUUCCCCGGAAUUUCAAGAAGAUCUUCACGAUAACAGGUACAUGAUUACAUAUAGCAUCAAGUCCGAUGAUGAUUGGUUUGACAAGAGCAAUGAAAGACGUCGAAGUCAUAAAAGGAGACGCUCGAGGCAAAUUGAACAAAAGAUUUCAGAUGAUGAAGGGACAACUGCAAAGAGUAAUGAAACAAGAUCUGGUUCGAGCAAAAAUCACGAGUUUGAUUUUGUAGACACAGAUUCACGAUACAGAUCCAUCGAGGAAACUGAUGAAUUGGAUCGCUGGAAACCUGAAAGCUGUGAUUGAGUAGGAGUUUUGCUAGAAAAUCCUUUGGUAUGGGGAGAUGUUUAUGAUAGCCCAGUUUACUGAACUGAUUGUAAUCAAAGCAGCCAUAGCACUUCAAACAGUGUGAAACAGUAGUCGUGUCCACUGAAGCAACCGAUAAAAAUUGAACCAAACCAAAUUGAAAAUGCAACCAUCUAUUAGCACCUUUUUCACAAA